CUGAAUGUAAAAUCCGGGCUAAGUGCCAAAUAAUUCAUUUUCGCGUUAGGUUGUGAAAUACGUGCAAUGUACCAAAUGCAAUUCCGUAUAAAGUGGGCUAUCAUUAGUUUGUUGUGGAACUAGUUUUUAAAAAAUCCGCUAUGAUGCGUGGUGUGCUAUGAAGCACCAGCUGUUUGGUAAAAAACGGGCUAUGUGUCUUGUUAGGCUACGGUUACAGUGCAAGCGAAUUCGUGCGAACCAUAGUUCGGGCGUGUACGUCCGAAUUCGGGCGAACAAGAAGUGGUUUCUGGUUCAGGAGAUAUUUUAAGCGAAAUUCAGAGCGAUUUUAGUUUGCUGUACAGAACAGACGCGAGCGACCUAUAAAAGUGUCAUGGAUUUUGAAGAAGAAUUCUAUUUAGCAGAAAGUACAUUCCCGAAACUGCUAUUAUUUGGACCAAGAAAGAGACAAUUCUGGGUUAAUGAAAUUUAUUUAAAUCACCACUUGAGUGAAUAUUUCAAAAUUUUUGAAGAAUUAAAAAAUCAGCCAUUAAAGUUUUAUGAAUAUUAUCGUAUGACUUAUGACACAUACUUUUAUAUAUUGAAUGCGAUAGAGGAAGAUAUAAGAAAACAAUGUAAUUUUAGAGAAUGUAUUUCUCCAUCUGAAAAGUUAACAGUAACUUUAAGAUUUCUCUCAACUGGACUUGGCUUUCGUUCCCUAGCCUAUUCUUUUAGAAUGUCUCACAGCACGAUAAGAAAAGUCAUAUAUGAAACAUGUACGGCAAUAUGGAAUAAAUUAAACCUACAGCACUUGCCUCAACCAACAAAAGAAUCGUUAUUGAGAAGCUCUACAUCGUUUUUUGAUAAGUGGAAUUUUCCAAACUGCAUCGGUUGUAUCGAUGGAAAACAUAUUCGUAUUAAAUGUCCAAGCAAAACUGGCACAAUGUUUUAUAAUUAUAAACAAUACUUUUCCAUAGUACUACAGGCAGUAGCAGAUGCAAAUUAUAAAUUUGUGUGCAUUGACGUGGGUGGAUAUGGGAAACAAAGCGAUGGCGGAACUUUUGCUUCUUCAACUUUAUCGCAGCAGUUAGAACAUGGAUCUUUACUACCAGAAAAUAGAAAACUUCCAAAUUCCGAUGUGGUGCUUCCGCACGUUUUACUAGGUGACGAUGCAUAUCCUUUAAAAAAGUAUCUAAUGAAACCCUAUUCUAAACGAAAUCUCUCACGGGAAGAAGAAAUAUUCAACUACAGACUGUCACGGUGUCGCAGAACAGUGGAAUGCUCAUUUGGAAUUAUGACAGCAAAAUGGAGACUAUUAAACAAACCUAUAGAGUGUCAUCCAGAUAAGGUCGAUUUAAUAGUGAAAUGCAUUUGUUUAUUACAUAACAUAAUUAUAGACAGGGAAGGUCUUAACCAACUCAAUAGAUUGCAAACUGAGCUGACACAUUCCCAGAGUAAAAACAAUUACAAAGCUCGUGCAAACAACAGGUCUACUAACGUGGCAUACGAUGUACGAGAAACUUUUAAACUAUAUUUUAAUAGUGAAAUUGGCGCCAUACCACAACAAUAUACUAUUUAAGACCGGAAUUUAACAUGUCAAUUAUAUAAAAAUACAUUAGAAAACAUUAUAUUAAACAGUGUGACUAGCUUAAUAAAUCGUAGUUUAAUGUAAAAUUAAAAUCAUA